AUGGAAUCUACACCCAACACAGACAGUCGCACCCUCAAAGUCGACUUCUCGUGGAAGAAAUUCAAAACCCUCAUCACCGAACUCAACAACCCCAACCCCGACCCUCUCUACAUCGUCGACUGGCAAUCCAUCAAAAAGCCCCAUUUAAUCUUCAAAUCUGCCCAAAAUGACUCCACCAUCGGCACGUCUACCUUCCACACCUUCAGCAUAAACACCGACUACGAAGUCCACGGCAAAAAGGGCAUCCUCGAAGCCCAGCGUCGCUUCAAAACACACUACACCUAUGAUUCAUAUGCUUUCUCUGAUACAGACUCGCCAGUCACGAUGACAUGGACAAGUAACUGUGGUCUGAAAACGUGGAACUUUGUCUGUGUUGAUGAGCAGCAGAUGCCUGUUGCGCGGUUUUCGGCGAAUGUUUGGGCUGUGCGCAAAAUGGGGAAUAUUGAGUUUAUGGGUGAACGGGCAUAUAGUGAUGCGGUCAGAGAUGAGAUUGUGGUUACAGGGUUGUCGCUGUUUUUCUGCAUGUUGAUUCGGAGUAAUAAUAUUCUGUCUUUCUUUGGGGCGGUCUUUUCGAGGCCGGGGCAUGAUAAGGAGGCAAAGGUGGAAUCUGACCAGAAGGAGCAUAUGAUGUGA